AUGGUGACCUUGAUCUCCUGCUUAACUUUUCUUACCUCCCUCCUUCUAGGAGCACAGGGUCUGCAGUACAAAUGUGCUGACUUCUCCUCCUUGCUCGUGACGGAAGCCGCGGGCGUUGAGUACUCAGAAAACGGUUCUCAGAAGAGCUUCGAGACAAUCCUGGCGAGCCACGGAACGAAUCUCGCCAGGAUUAGAGUAUGGACUGCUGGUGAUUACGAUGUCACACACGCCCUCGCUAUCGCGAAACGUGCCGAGGCAGCUGGCAUGUCUAUCCUUGUGGAUUUGCAUUAUAGCGAUACUUGGGCGGAUCCAGGGAAGCAAGCUAUCCCGUCGGGGUGGCCGACCGACCUCAAUGGCCUAAAUACCAAGAUAUAUGCAUACACAAAGGACGUAGUCACGUCUUUCGCUAACCAGGGCACACCUGCUUCCAUCAUCCAGCUCCUGCACUCCGCCGCGAAUGGUGCGCGCGCAGGCUCCUCCUCCGUCAAGACCAUGAUCCACCUCGCGAAUGGCUGGGACCGGUCCAGCAUCGCGACGUGGUACAAGAAUGUGCUGAACUACCAAGGCGCGUUCGCCACGGGCGACGUGGACAUCAUGGGCUUCUCGUUCUACCCGUUCUACAACACAGACGCGACGCUGAGCGCGUUGCAGUCGAGCAUGAGUGGUAUCACGAGCACGUAUAAAAAGCCUUUCAUGAUUGUAGAAACAGACUGGCCGGUACAAUGCUCCGGCGUGAGUAUGAGCGAGUCUUCCAUCCCCAUAUCUGCUUCCGGUCAGGAGACGUGGGUAGCCGAUAUAAGAAAUACGAUCUCGAAUGUCCCAGGCGCCUCCCCGCUCGGUAUAUGCUACUGGGAGCCGGGCUGGAUUGGCAACGCUAAUCUGGGAUCCGGAUGCGCCGACAAUCUCCUAGUCAGCUCUAACGGCGCGACAAGGUCGUCCAUAAAGAUGUUCUCCUCCGACAUGUGA